AUGCUAGCCGCAUCAAACCAUCUCACUCCCAGAACAAGGCCGAUCUCAGAUCUUCUCUCCAGCACUCACGAUGAGUUCCUCUCCCUUCGCCUCUCCCUUCCUCUUUGCGGUGGAAAAGGUGGUUUCGGCUCCCAGCUUCGUGCUGCCGGUGGUCGCAUGUCAUCAAAGAAGAAGAAGAAUCAAGGCGACAACAACGGCUCCAGCCGAAAUCUCGAUGGAAGGCGGUUGCGUACUGUCACCGAGGCGAAAGCGCUUGCAGAGUACCUCGCCAUCAAACCCGACAUGGAGCGCAAGGAGAAGGAGAAGAGACGAGAACGAUGGGAACAAAUCGUUGAACUAGCAGAAAGGAGAGAAGAGGAAAUCAAGCGUGGUGGUGGAAAGGCCACGGUUGAUGGCAAGUGGGUGGAAGAGAAAGAAGGGGCUGGUGAACGGACCCGUGAGGCUGUUCUCGCGGCUAUGAAGGCUGGAAACUACAAGGACAAUCUUCUGAGCACAUCUCAAGGAUCAAACUCUUCAACCCCGAGCGAUGAAGUCUCUGCAGACGAGGAACAGCCUGAGGAGGCCAGCAGUUCAAAGGCCACAACGCCAACAUCUGAGUCCGAAGCUCCUGUUAAGGGUGUUAAAGCGCGAACCUUCUUUGGGUUUGACGAGGAUGAUGAAUUUAUGAGUUCUGACGAGGAGGAUGCUGAGGAAGCCGGAAAGAAGUAA